AUGCUUCCACCAGUCGAUCCCGCCGUGCUGCAGCGCAAUCCGAAUUUCGAAGUCUUGUACAAAGAUCUGUGUGCCAGGAAGCUGAAUCCCAGCGGGUCGACGCGCGAGACCAAGAAGCAGCGUGUGCAUGAUGAGAUACGCAGGACGCUCACAACCGCCCGCACAACACAUCUGACCUCACAAAUCCUAAUCAGCACACUCAGCUCUCUCUCCUCCACCUCUCUCUCCUCCACCUCCCUCCCAGAUGAUCUCUACCCGGCCAUCGACAUCGCCGCGGCGCAGCUGCAGGGCCGCGUGCGCGCAGGAGACCGCGCCAUCCUGUCUCACGACGUGCAAGUUUUCCUCUCCAACAUGGACAUUAUUUCCGCGGCCGUGUCCACGCAACUCAGCCUCACAGCGCACCACCUGUGUGUGAUUGCGGCUCCGGGAACAGGGCUCUCGACAGCGGAGCUGAGCGGUACGGCUGCGGCGCUGCAGCACGAUGCGAGUGUAGCGCUGCCUGCAGAUGUGCAAGCGGCGCAUCUCCAGCUAACGCAUAGUUUCUCCCUGCUGCUGGCGGCGCACUCGGCGCUGCUGACGGCAGCCAUCCAGGCGCUCGAGCAAACGCAGCAAGGGGCGCUGGCACGCCACACGCGGUCGUCGGCGGAGCUGCUGCACGCGCGCUCCGUCGUGCUGGGUCUGCAGGCGAAAAUCCAUUCGUAUAGCCAUGCGCCGCCUGCCGAGUUCGUGGCCGCGCUCAAGCAGUUCCGUAGGGCCCAGGGCAGUGGCGAGCGCGCGCUCAAGGAUCGCGAGGCCCUGGCCAACAGGGAGCUGGAGCUUUAUGAGAGGGCGGGGGACAAGGGAAUGCGCGAUUUGGCCGCGAGGAAGAUGUGGUUGGUCGACGAGGUGCAGAGGGUUGAGGCUGAGAUUGGAAAGUUGGAGGCGGAGCGGCGCUGAUGCAUGGAUGGAUGGAUGGAUGGAUGUGGUCGGGCUUUGAUCAAAGUGAAUAGUUUUUUUUCCAGAUUGCAGGGUACAGUAAAGAAGAAUAUGUAUAGUGAUAGUGUAUACUCUAGGAGCUGGGACAACGAG